AUCGUGGUGGCUGCAGGACUAGGCUGGAUAGCUGCUGUGUGGAGCGCAUCGAUCCCCUCUCAGCGUGCAGUUGCAGCGUCAUUGUGAGAAGGAGCUGUUUGAAUGAAGUUCGGUGUAGCUAAAGGACCCAACUCAGCAGACAUUUGGUGGACUGAAAUUGAUUCUCUUACAACAAAAGAUGCCGGUGUUUACAGUGAAUGUUAAAUGGGGAAAGGAGAAGUUUGACGCAAUAGAACUGAACACUGAGGAACCACCCAUGGUGUUCAAGGCUCAGCUCUUUGCUCUGACAGGAGUACAGCCAGAGAGACAGAAGGUUAUGGUAAAGGGAGGCACUCUGAAGGAUGAUGAGUGGGGAAACAUUAAACUGAAGAAUGGGAUGACUCUGUUGAUGAUGGGUUCUGCGGAGGCCCUGCCCGAGGAGCCGGUGGUCAGGCCCAUGUUUGUAGAGGACAUGACUGAGGAGCAGCUGGCCUCAGCAAUGGAGCUACCAUGUGGACUGACAAACCUGGGGAACACGUGCUACAUGAACGCCACGGUGCAGUGUCUGCGCUCUGUGCCAGAGCUGAAAGUUGCACUUAAAAGGUAUGAAGGUGCUCUGCGAUCUUCAGGGGCCAACGCUCCAUCCCAGUACAUCACAGCAGCCCUCCGGGACCUCUAUGAAACCAUGGACAAGACUUCAUCCAGCCUACCCCCUAUCAUUCUGCUGCAGUUCCUGCACAUGGCCUUCCCACAGUUUGCUGAAAAGGGGGACCAGGGCCAGUACCUCCAGCAGGAUGCCAACGAGUGCUGGUUGCAGAUGAUGAGAGUCCUCCAGCAGAAGCUGGAGCAUCAGGAGCCAGAGACUCCCAUGGAGACUGACACUGAGAGUGGAGCUGCCGCCGCCGCCGCUAAGAAGAACUUCAUUGACCAGUAUUUUGGAGUGGAGUACGAGACCACUAUGAAAUGCACAGAGUCCGAGGAGGAGGAGCCCACCAAGGGCAAGGAGAGCCAGCUGCAGCUCAGCUGCUUCAUCAACCAGGAGGUCAAAUACCUCAACACCGGCCUGAGGCUGAGACUGCAGGAAGAAAUCACCAAGCUCUCCCCAUCUUUGAACAGAAACGCCCUGUAUAUAAAAUCGUCUAAACUUGGCCGCCUCCCUGCCUAUCUGACUAUUCAGAUGGUCCGCUUUUUCUACAAAGAGAAGGAGUCAGUCAAUGCCAAAGUGCUUAAGGAUGUCAAGUUCCCACUUAUGCUGGAUGUCUACGAGCUGUGCACCUCAGAGCUUCAGGAGAAGAUGGUGACAAUAAGGUCAAAGUUCAAGGAGGUCGAAGACAAGAAGCUGGAGAACCAGCCCCUGAAGGUUGUGAAGUCUGCCAGCGGUACACCAAAGGAAGUGAAAUACGAGCCCUUCUCGUUUUCUGACGACCUGGGUUCCAACAACAGUGGCUACUACGACCUGCAGGCCGUGCUCACGCACCAGGGACGUUCCAGUUCCUCAGGCCAUUACGUUGGCUGGGUCAAGAGGAAAGAAGAUGAAUGGGUGAAGUUUGACGACGACAAGGUGAGCGUGGUCUCUCCAGAAGACAUACUGAGACUGUCUGGAGGGGGAGACUGGCACAUAGCUUACGUUCUGCUGUACGGACCUCGACGAUUGGAAAUACUUGAGGAUCAGUAACUGCAGAGAAAGAAGACAAAACAACAAAUGCCAUUUCCAAGCACUGUCUGCAUAGAUGUGCAAUAAAUCUGGGUGUCUUUCAAAAUUGA